AUGCACAACUUUCUUGCUCUGACAAGCGUCCUGGCUCUAAGUAUCGCCGCACAGGUUUCAUCUUCACCACUCGCUUGUCGCCCAUCCGACGAUGUUGCCAAUGACUGGGACAAGUCCAGCUGCGCAGAGCUUGCUGUCAUCUUUGCACGUGGCACCUUUGACUCUGGAAACAUUGGACCUUGGGUAGGACCGGCAUUCCGCAAAGCCCUAUACUCCGAGGUUGGCGAUAAGCUGGCCUUUCAAGGCGUCAGCCCACAAGACUACCCUGCCAAUCUAGAAGGCAUCAUGGAAGAGGGUGGGUCUGAAAGCUGCGCUGUUAGUCUUGGUAAAGCGGUCGAGCGUUACUCGGCUCGCUGCCCUGACGCCAAGAUUAUUAUAUCUGGAUGGAGCCAAGGAGCUCUGUGCGCCCACAAGAGUUUCAAUGCUUCCAAAGCUCUUGUCAACGAACAGGCACGAAAGCAAGUGAUUGCUCUCACCACUUUUGGCGACCCUGUCCCGGUGUGGUCCGACUCCAUCAAGUUGCCCACCUUGCCUCGGAAUGUGCAGCUUCUCACGUACUGCGCGACCAGCAACCCAGAUCCAUUCUGCACUGACAAGCCGCUCCAAGACUGGCCGCACGACCCCACGGCCUUUGGCGAGAAGCUCGAGGCCGUCUGGCACGACUACGACUUUGGCGCCGCCGGGCUUAGCGACAUGCAGAAAAAGGCCGCCAACGACUUGAUCAUGGCCCUGCCGAGCCUGAUUGAGAGCAAGAUUGGACAGCUGGGCAAGGACAUCGCGGCAGGCCAUAUCCGUCGCUGGAUGCUCACGCCUCAGCACUUCAUGUACGGUUCUGGCCCGCAUCCCAUGACGGAGCAGGCUGCGAGGGAUGUUGCUCGCCUUUUCCAGCAAUCAAAGUAA